AUGUCGUCGACUCGUACCUACCGACAAGACCGCUACAUUAUCAUAAACCCGCCGAGCAACGGCACCACUUUCCUCGACGACGACGAGGAUCCCACUUGGGAGCCACCAGACGACGAUCUCGACAACUGGAAUGGCGAUCCCGAGUGCACUGCGGCGGAUACACGAGGUCCACGGGCCGUCGCGGCGAUUGCGGGAGACGGAGGAGACGAGCCGGCGGGCGGGUCAAGCGGUGGCUGCGGUCGGGUCACGGCUCGCUCGGAGCAUCCCCGCAUGACCGCGAAUCGUCUUAGCAGCCAAUCACGUCGUACAUAUCCGAUGUACAUGUCUACCUCGUUAUUUAUUCCCAUGUCUCCAUUUUUUCUUGAAUCAAAACCACUCUUGGGACAGCCCGAGAGCUGA